UGGGCUGUCAAUAAUUCGGCCCAAGACCAAGUUGGCCCUUAACCAUCUCAGCCCGUCCAAAGUCCAAACCCUAAACACCUGAACCUUGAAACCCUAAAAUUGUUGUGUCAGAGAAUAGACAAAAGAAGAAGAGAGUAGGUGAUUUGGCUACUGAACUCUGUCGAUUAAUCGACACAAAUCACAAUACGACCAAGCUCGAUUGAAAAUCUGUAGUCUGAACCUGUUAGAUAAACGAUCAGAAGGGGUAGAAGAUUUGGCACACUCCAGGCCCCAAAGCGAGCCUGCGGGAAGAACUGAGGGGAGGACUGUGUACAAACUGAUUGCAGAGGCCUCAACAACUAUCAAAAUGUCUCGAAAAGGGUUAAUGGAACAAGAUUUGAGCAAGCUUGAUGUGACUAAACUGCAUCCACUCUCACCUGAAGUAAUUUCUCGUCAAGCUACAAUAAAUAUUGGCACCAUUGGGCAUGUGGCCCAUGGAAAGUCAACAGUCGUAAAAGCAAUAUCUGGUGUUCAGACUGUUCGUUUUAAAAAUGAGUUGGAGCGUAACAUUACAAUCAAGCUUGGAUAUGCUAAUGCAAAGAUAUAUAAAUGUGAAGAUGAAAAAUGCCCUCGGCCCAUGUGCUACAAGGCCUAUGGAAGUGGAAAAGAAGAUAAUCCUCUCUGUGAUGUGCCAGGCUUUGAAAAUGCACGGAUGAAAUUGUUGAGACAUGUUUCAUUUGUAGAUUGCCCGGGUCAUGAUAUUCUCAUGGCUACAAUGCUUAAUGGAGCGGCAAUUAUGGAUGGGGCAUUACUUUUGAUAGCUGCGAAUGAAAGCUGUCCCCAGCCUCAGACUUCUGAGCAUUUGGCUGCUGUGGAGAUUAUGCGCCUGCAACAUAUAAUUAUUCUACAAAAUAAAGUUGAUCUCAUUCAAGAAAAUGUUGCAAUCAACCAGCAUGAAGCAAUCCAGAAAUUUAUUCAGAAAACUGUUGCUGAUGGUGCACCAGUCAUUCCAAUUUCUGCUCAGUUAAAAUAUAAUAUUGAUGUUGUCUGUGAAUACAUUGUGAAAAAGAUCCCCAUCCCAGAGAGGAAUUUUGUCUCACCACCAAAUAUGAUAGUAAUCCGAUCUUUUGAUGUGAAUAAGCCUGGGUCUGAGGUUGAUGAGAUAAAGGGUGGAGUUGCUGGUGGAAGCAUUCUUAGGGGUGUUUUGAAGGUGAAUCAGUUCAUUGAAGUUCGCCCUGGAAUUGUUGUAAAAGAUGAGAGUGGUAACAUCAGGUGUACUCCAAUAUAUUCAAGAAUAGUUUCAUUAUACGCCGAGCAAAAUGAAUUGCAGUUUGCCGUGCCCGGGGGGCUUAUUGGGGUUGGUACCACCAUGGAUCCUACUUUGACACGUGCUGACAGGCUGGUGGGUCAGGUUCUUGGGGAGGUUGGAUCACUCCCCGAUGUUUUUGUGGAACUUGAGGUCAACUUCUUCCUGCUCCGCCGUCUUCUAGGAGUUAGAACAAAGGGAACAGAGAGGCAGGGCAAAGUAUCAAAGCUAGCCAAGGGAGAGAUUCUGAUGCUGAACAUAGGGUCCAUGUCAACAGGGGCACGUGUAGUUGCUGUUAAGAAUGACUUGGCUAAGCUACAGCUGACCUCUCCAGUGUGCACCAGCAAGGGUGAGAAGGUCGCACUCAGCCGGCGAGUUGAGAAGCACUGGCGACUCAUUGGGUGGGGCCAGAUUCAAGCAGGGACUACACUCGACGUUCCACCAUCCCCCAUCUGAGUAAACCCCACAAACACAAAGGAAAAACCAAGAAAGUCGGAACUCAGCAAGGUAUAGUAGAGAGUCUUGGGAAGAUGUGGGAGGGUAGGGAGCUACUGGGAACAAUUUUUGUUAGGUGGAGAAGAAAACAUGGUUGGUUCUUGUUCAGAUUCGUUUGUCAUAUUGUUGUUUGACCAAACGAGUAAAUUUUGGAGUUGUUUGGCUUCAUCUAUGCAAAUUCAUUUUCCUUGUGCAAACAUAUAGCAUUUGGGAAUGGCCUGUUUGGAUUCCCAUAUGGGUUGCUUGAUUGGAACUUGGAAGGGAGUCUAUCCUUCGUAAGGCAA